AUGAGUACUGUUCAGAAUAUAAAGGAGGCCAUGUUGUUCGCGGAUGACAUCGUCUUGGUGGAUGAAAGUAGAGAUGGUGUAGAGAGAAAGUUGGAGAGAUGGCGAGGAACAUUGGAAGAGAGAGCGGACGGCAGCCUGGAUGGAGAGAUCAUUCACCGUAUCCAAUCAGGCUGGAAGAAUUGGAAAAGAACAACUGGAGUACUCUGUGACCAAAAAAUUAGUGCCAGAGUAAAGGAAAAAGUGUUCAAAUCGGUGGUUCGACCCGCAAUGUUAUAUGGUGCGGAGAGGUGGCCAAUAAAGAAAGCACAGGAGAAUAAGUUGGAAGUUGCUGAGAUGAGAAUGUUAAGGUGGAUGCUUGGUGUGACAAAGAGGGAUAAAUCCUCAUUGUCAUAG